AUGGAAAAUGAUCAUUAUGUGGAUAUGUUGGCAGCAAUUCAAUUAAAUCUUUUCAAUCCAUUUGUUGAAAAAGUUCACCUCCUUCAAGAGAAUGAUGCAAACGAUCAAGAUUUAAAGAAAUUAAUUGGACAAGAAAAACUUGUCAUUCACAUGCUAGGUCAUCGUAUUACAGUUGGUGAUUUUAUGAGAUAUUGUAAUGAAAAAUUACCACAAAAAAUUGUAGGACUCAUUAAUACUGAUGUUUAUUUUGAUAAUACCCUGGUUGAGUUACAUAGAAUGCCACAUCAAACUGCAUAUGUUAUUUCAAGAAAGGAAACUCUAGUUGGUAAUAAGCCAGAUCCAAUUAAUAAUAGAGAUCAAUGUGGUGGUUAUCAAGGUUCACAUGAUGCUUUCAUUUUCAGGAAUAAGGAUAAAUUUGGAGAUUCAAUCAUUGACAAGUUGAAUAAUAUUAAUUUGGGAUAUAUGGGUACUGAAAAU